AUGUCUCGUCCUCCAAAGAAAAAACCAACAAAACUAAAAACACUCGAGGGAGUACCUCGCAGGAACGGCAUCUUGGGUUCCAGAGGGAGACCCGUGGCGCCGCGUGGGUUGAGCGCCUUCACAGGUGCGGCGGCGGGGGCGGCGGCGCAGAUAACGCGGUCGCGCGGCCGGACGCGGUAUUUCCCUCAGCUAAGCCUCGGCGGCGGAGCGGCGCGGGGCGGCGCAGCGCCCGAAUUUACCGCGUUCGCGUCCCCGCGGCCCUCGCCGGCGCCUCCUGGGAGAGGCGCCCACUGCAGCGCGCGCGCCCGUCAACAGAUUUACACUCGCGCUCUGGCGCACGCCACGCGAAUUAAAGUUCAAUUACUUCGCCGCCGCGCCGCGCUGCGCUGCGCGGCGUCGCCGGGUAACAUCACCCUCGUCAAGCAGCCUCAUGACGCUACAAAAGACCUGCUGCUCCAAGAAGUGAAACCAAAAGAGGAGUGCCGAGCACGGACAUGGCAGAGGGAAGAGGACUUUUUUUAUUGACUAUCCCGUUUAUAAUCAAUUAUUUCCCACUAUCUGCAAAAAGAUCGUUUUGGUAUUUCAUUACACCUCUUCAUGAUCAUAGUGUACAUAGUACGUGAAUCGUUUCAGAGACAGAAAAU